GUAGCCAAUUAUUCGUUUUUUCAUUUUUUUUAACACAACCGUGUUUUUGCGGCUAAUAGUAUUCGUAUAAUAUCAAUAUUCGCGCUACAAAACUGAGGCAUGCAAUAAUUCAAUUCAUUUUUUUUUUCUUUUCAAAUCAAAUCUAAUCUCUGAUUUCAUAGCCGUCGCCGGCGAUGAAAGCUCCGAACAACCACCGUGAAAAGCUUCGUCGAGUCUCCGGCAAAAACAACCACCGGCCUCGUCCUGAUCGGCAACGAUCUUUCACAAGAGAUAUUGAACAUGUCGCCGCAGAAACUUACUUGAUCACUCGCCUCGCCUUCACGCUUCUUCAGUAUCUCGGGGUUGGUUACCGUUGGAUUACGAAAUUACUAGCUCUUGGAUGUUAUGCCAUGCUACUUAUGCCGGGUUUUCUACAAGUUGCAUAUUGCUAUUUCUUCUCAAACAAGGUAAAGCGAAGCGUUGUUUAUGGAGAUCAGCCUAGAAACAGGUUGGAUCUGUAUCUACCUGCUGAUGUCAGUAAACCUAAGCCAGUUUUGGUCUUUGUAACCGGGGGAGCAUGGAUUAUUGGGUAUAAAGCAUGGGGCUCCCUUUUAGGAUUUCAGUUGGCAGAAAGAGGCAUUAUAGUGGCAUGCAUUGAUUACAGAAAUUUUCCUCAAGGAACCAUUAGUGACAUGGUAAAUGAUACUUGUCAGGGAAUUUCCUUUGUCAUCAACAACAUAGCUAGUUAUGGAGGCGACCCUAAUAGGAUUUACCUAAUGGGACAAUCAGCUGGUGCGCAUAUUUCAUCUUGUGCUUUAUUGAAACAAGCAACCAUGGAAUCUGGAAAUGGAGAUGGUGUUUCUUGGAGCGUUUCCCAGAUAAAAGCUUAUUUUGGGUUAUCAGGAGGAUACAACUUAUUGAAUUUAGUCGAUCACUUUCACAACCGUGGCUUGUAUCGUUCCAUUUUUUUAAGCAUAAUGGAAGGUGAACAAUCUUUGAAGAAAUUUUCUCCUGAAAUCAAAAUUCAAGAUCCAUGCAUCAAACAUUCCAUUCCUCUCUUGCCCCGUAUGAUUCUUUUCCAUGGAACCGGUGAUUAUUCCAUACCAUCAAUUGCCAGUAAACGGUUUGCUGAUGCUCUUAAGAAGGCAGGGGCAAGAGCUGAGCUGAUUCUAUAUGAUGGGAAAACACAUACAGAUUUGUUUCUUCAAGAUCCACUCCGAGGUGGUAAAGAGGACCUAUUUGAUCAUAUAGUUUCUAUAGUACAUUCCAAUGACAGUGAUGCUCUUCUAAAGGAUGCCACGGCACCGCCAAGAAGACGGCUUGUUCCUGAGAUUCUAUUAAAGUUAGCUCAUAAUAUCAGUCCCUUCUAAGAUUUUUACUCACUGGAUUUUCAUCUUCUAUGCCUUAGACUCCUUUAUAUAGUAUUUUUGUAUUGCUUAUUCAUGAACUUCUCUGGUUUUAGGGUGUGUGUAUAUAUGCCUCAGACUCUUCAUUCAUUUUGUCACCAUAUUUCUCUGGUGAUAUAGGUUGAGGUUCCUUAUAAAUGUAGCCUAUCAAACUGCAGGUGUUGCCUAGAUCUUCAUAUUACAUUUUUAUAUGGUAAAUUCAAUUACCAUAUGUUAGAACUUAGAAUGUCCUGUAUACUGUUUUAAUUUUAUUUUCUUUCGGUUGGAGCAUAAUAUUUAUGUCAAUUUUAUUAGUGUAAAAUUAUUUUGCAA